ACUAUGUUCAAUGAGUAAUCAAUAUUGAUACAAACUAGACGCGCGUUGCGUUCGCUUCUCCUUUAUGCGCGUCAAGUGUUAAAUCAGCUGUUCGAUGAAAUCGAAAACGUCGGUAUUCAGCAUUUCAGUGUCUUUAAUCAUAACAACAAAACAAAUUUUUGUAAUCAGCGUAACGCAUGAGUAAUAAGCGUUAUGAAGACAGACAGAUCGACGAUCGUUGCUUUGUUAUUUUUUAUUCUUCUGUCUAUAAAGACAUAUUAUUAAUUUUUAAUAAGUAUUAAGUAUUUUAGUUUUUAUUACUUGAUUGUCUAUGCACCAAUGUACCGACAAAUCCGUCGCGAUUCACGGAUACGUGGAUUAUAAUAUCGAUCAAUAAAUUUUUAAUGAUUGCCGUUUAUAUAGUUUUCUCGGGAAAAGGAUGAAUUACUUAGGGAAAUUCAUCAGUAAUUUUCGGCAUGUAUAUAAUGAGAUCAAUCCAGCCACCUUAACUGGAGCUAUUGAUAUUGUCGUUGUAGAACAGCCAGAUGGUACAUUUACUUGCUCACCAUUUCAUGUACGCUUUGGCAAGAUCGGUGUGCUACGAAGCAGAGAGAAAAUAGUUGAAAUUGAAAUUAAUGGAGAACCUGUUCAGCUUCAUAUGAAACUAGGAGAAUCUGGAGAAGCAUUUUUUGUUGAAGAAAUAUCAGAAGAAGAUGAUAUUGAAACAUUACCACCUCAUUUAGCAUGCUCGCCAAUACCUGACGAUGAAGAACGAAAAACUAUAGAAUAUGCUAUUAACUUAGAACAAGUUGUUCCUAAAACAUUUUGUGCAGAAACCGUUGAUGGUGCAACACAAGAUUUUCAGCCAUUAAAAUUUAGACCAAUUGAAGACUCUCCACCUCGGCCACAAAUGCGGAAACGUCGGCGUAAAAAAUCUGUUAUCAAAAGAAAAGUUAAGGAUGAAACCAAGAAACUUGGGAAUACAUUCGGAUCUUGUGAUCUUCCAGCUCUUACUUAUUUAAUAGAUAAUGACGACCGUUCUCAAGACUUAUAUUUGGAUAAUGAUUUACAUUUCUUUAGUGAUACAGAUGCAUCUCCAAGUUCAAAUUGCGGUGAGGUAAAAAAUAAUUGUGCUGCUGUUCAGUCAGAUACUGAAUAUGAACUUCAACAAAGAUCCAGAGAUUCAGCUGUUGAAAGUCUUAUUGGCAUAUCUGCUAUUAAUAAAACAGAUUUGAAUAAUGGCACUAGUGAUCAUCAAUUUUGGCGUUGGGGGGAAUUACCUACACCACCUGCACGUCGCAAUAGUUUGGAUUCUAAUGACUCAAAAUUAAAUUUGCAAGAAGCUUCCAAAAAACAAGAAGCUGCUAAUCAGAGAUCAAUGUUAGCAAAUAUGUUGGGUUUUAUGAAAAAAACUAAACACAUUCGUCAUAACUCUUCAGAGAAUGGAGGAAUAUAUUUAGCUGAUUUGUGUGCAGAUCAAUUAGAUCCUAAGGUAUUAGAAUUGUAUUUAUAUAACCAAACUCCACCAAAGCAAGAAGAAGUUAAAGUCAGUGAAGAAGCAGAUGAUGAUGAUGUGGAAUCAGGAAGAGGUGCUUCAUUAUCCCAUUCGCCUACAAGUAUGGAUAGAGAAGGACCAAAAUCAAUUGAUAGUGAUUUUGAUGAAAAGUUCCACCAAAAUCCACCAUAUGAAGUAUCAGUUUCUUUAUGUGGAGAGUUAGAUUCUCUGAAUGGUAAUGAUAUUAUUGAAGAGAAAUUCUCCAAACAUCAGAUUUCCUAUGAAGAAUUCACAUCUGAUUUCAAUAAUCUUGUGAAGAAUCCUAAUUUAGUGGUGCGCAUAAAUAAAAAGUUUUAUAAUUGUCAGACUGCUCUGCCUCAUUUGAUCUCAAUAGCUGCAUAUCAAAAACUGUUACCUCAGAAUGAAUAUUCUGAAACUAAAGUGCAAGCAGAAAAUACUAAAGGUCUUAAUCGAGGUUAUACAUCUUGGUUCAAUUGGAGUCGUGUCAGUAAAGAUACUAAAUCUAUUACCCCAAUUGAAGGAAAUAUUUUAAAAAUUGAUUCCAAUAAUUUGUCAAAGCAACUUAUCAAUAAUAAUGAUAUAAAUGAAUGUCUAAAAUCAGAAAUUGAUGGGAAAAUAGAAAAUGAAUUGGUACCACCUAACAAUAACUACAUUCAAAGACAACGGUGCUAUAGUUCAACUGAUUCUGAACUUGAAUUGGAAACAACUAAACUGUCAUUGAAGUCAAAAGAUAAAAGUGAUAUAUGUAGGAAAACUUUAAGAUUAACUUCUGAACAAAUUGCAAAAUUAAAUUUAAGAGAAGGUUCUAAUGAAAUUGUAUUUAGUGUAACAACAGCUUAUCAAGGUACUAGUCAUUGUAAAUGUUUUUUAUUUAAAUGGCGAUAUGAUGAUAAAAUUGUUAUAUCUGACAUUGAUGGAACCAUUACUAAAUCUGACGUGUUGGGCCAUAUACUUCCAAUUGUUGGUAAAGAUUGGGCUCAAAGUGGUGUUGCAAAAUUAUUUACUAAGAUAAAAGAUAAUGGUUAUAAAUUAUUAUAUUUGUCAGCCAGAGCUAUUGGUCAAUCCAGAGUUACUAGGGAUUAUUUAAAAAGCAUUAAACAGGAAGAUUUAUCUUUACCAGAAGGGCCUGUGCUAUUAAAUCCAACUAGCUUACUAAAUGCAUUUCAUCGUGAAGUCAUAGAAAAAAAACCAGAAGAAUUCAAAAUCUCUUGUCUCAAAGACAUCCAAGCUCUAUUUCCAUCUGAAAAUAAACCAUUUUAUGCUGGUUAUGGAAAUAAAAUAAAUGAUGUUUGGUCAUAUCAAGCUAUUGGUAUACCAAUAUCAAGAAUAUUCACUAUAAAUCAUAGAGGAGAAUUGAAACAUGAAUUAACUCAGACGUUUCAAUCUUCUUAUAUUGGGCAGAGUUGUAUUGUUAAUGAUCUUUUUCCGGUUUUGGCGUGCAGCGAUGACGUUACAAGGCGUAUUGAAGACGAUUGUAACGUCAUCAGUAGCAGUAGGGAUACCAUUAGUACCACUUCUUUUGAGUGUGAAACAUUUGAUAUACUUAUAUGAGUACAAUGGUAGAUGAAAUGUUUCCUGUGUUACCCAUGCAAGAGUUGGACUACAACCAAUUUAUAUAUUGGCGUGAUCCAGUUCCAGAUUUUAAUUA